CAUUAAGACACACACACGCACACACACAAACACACACGCGUGCAUACACACACACACACAAGCGUGCGCGCGCACACACACUCGCACAAAACUUUAACCCUAGAACGCGUACCACGGACAGAGAGAGUGUGAGGAUGAGCGCGUGCGACACGCCGCCGCGGGCAGCCAUGAGACUUCGCAUGUUCUUCUUCGUGUCCUUCGCCUGGGCCUACCAUGAAACCCCCAAGUACCAGCACCAUGACACAGUGACCACAGAGCUCCUGCUGUGUGAUCAGUGUCCUCCAGGCUCAGCGGUGGAACGUCACUGCACAUCGGACUCGGCCACCGUGUGUUCUCCGUGUCCUGAGCGGCGUUUCGCUGAGCAGUGGCACUGGGCUGAGAGCUGCCAGCACUGCACCCCUGUCUGUAAGGAGAGACAGUUUGUCAAAAGGGAGUGUAACGCCACACACAACCGUCUCUGCGAGUGUGUACCGGGAUACCACCUCGCUGUGGAGUUCUGCGUCCCACACAGCACCUGUCCCCCUGGAUCCGGAGUCUCCGUGCUUGGUACUCCUGACAGUGACACAGUAUGUGAGAAAUGUCCAAAGGGCUUUUUCUCCAGUGCAGCGUCGGCCACCGAGCCCUGCGUUCCUCACCGAGACUGCUCACAGCUGGGCAUGAAGAGGCGGAGCCCCGGCACUGCUACUCACGACGCCGUGUGUGAGCGAGAACUCACCGUCGACUGCACUCGCAAACACAACGACUGCCACGCUGACAUCACCCUGUGUGAGGAGGCCAUGUUCCAGUUCCUCUUAUCUCCUCCUCUCACCUCUGUGGAUCUCCUCUUGGAGACUCUUCCUGGCCGUAAAGUGGACAAGAAGAGCGUGGAGCCUCUGAAGAAGAAGUGCAGCCCCGAGCAGCAGGCCCUGCAUCUCCUGCGGCUUUGGAGAGAGCAGAACAAGGACCAGGGGAAGCUCUACAGCAUCAUACAAGGUCUGAACCACUGUGAGAGGAAGGUUUCUCGCUGUGCUGGUCUGAAGAACGUGACGCUGGAGGACCUGCUGGUGCUGAUGCACAGUCUGCCUGGGGAGAAGGUGAGCGAGGAGGCGGUACGGACACUGGCUCUCUCCUGCCCCACGCACCGCCACGUGGCUCAGCUCCUGCACCUAUGGAAGAGCCAGAACGCCGGCCGCGACCUGGCCAAAGCUCUGAGUCACAGCGUGCGGCAGCUUCGCUCUCGGAACGCUCCCAAGACGCUACUGCGUGCGAUCAAGCGCAUCAGCCGUGUCAUCAACGCUUCCGCACUCCGACCGUAUGAAAAAAUCCUCACCGGCGCACUGAGAGACGCCUCCUGCUUCAAACCCAAACCCUACAAUGACUGAAAACCUGCAGGACACCUGAGGUCACACCAAGGACUGAUGAAGACAAGACUUAUUUAAAUGAGAUGUACAGAAUCCUGGGAAAGAGCGGGGUGGGAUCAGGUUCGGGAUUUGGGAGUUUUCGCUACACUACGUGAUGAGAGAUGAGAGAAGAAAACAUUUUCUGGCCUGUUUUUAUUUUUUCUUCCUUUUCUGUUGUUGGACUGCUUUUACUGAAGCUGGAAAAAAAAUAA